CAGUACAGUACAAGGAAAACCCCGUCGGAUCUGUUAUUGCGGGAUACUUGUGAAAUAUACAUAGGAUUCUUUCUUAUGGCUGCAUCCCGGAUCUGGAAAUUUUACUUGGGGACCAGGAGGAUCUGAAAGGCUACAUGUAUUCAGAAGAUUUCCUAGCAAGAUUCCGAUUCUUGGCAUAGGGCUCACACACUUCCUCAGUUAUCUGCCUUUUUCCUUCCUUUUAAAAAAAAAAAAAAUUUAAAAAUUCCCUCUUUUUCUGCUCUCUUUCAGUCUCUCCAUUUCUAUCUGCCUCUUCUUUUGCUUCUAGUCUUUUUCUCCCCCUGCUCUGCACCUGGAUUGUAUCUUCAGCAAACAAUCGGGCACUUUGAGAACUAACUGGAGACAGUCUUGUAGGGAAGAUCUAUAUGGAAUUAUCAGCUUUUAUGGUGAACUUGGCAUUUGUGAAUGGGUAUCUUGUUCACAAUAUUAAUUGCUAGCAAACACAAGCAAAAGAACACAGGAGUAAAACGUGGAUUUUUCUGAAUACGCAUUGUGAUGACCAGCAAUUACCUUACCGACUGAUAUCCAGAGGAGAAUAAUUUGGAAGACUGUCGUGGGGAACAGCCUGUAAGAGCUGGAAGAUGAAAGCUCCGAUUCCACACUUGAUUCUCUUAUAUGCUACUUUUACGCAGAGUUUGAAGGUUGUGACCAAGAGAGGCUCUGCUGAUGGAUGCACUGAUUGGUCUGUCGAUAUCAAGAAAUACCAAGUAUUGGUGGGAGAGCCUGUUCGAAUCAAAUGUGCACUUUUUUACGGUUACAUCAGAGCGAAUUACUCCCUUGCCCAAAGUGCUGGGCUCAGUUUGAUGUGGUAUAAAAGCUCUGGCCCUGGAGACUUCGAAGAGCCCAUUGCAUUUGAUGGAAGUAGAAUGAGCAAGGAAGAAGACUCCAUUUGGUUCAGGCCCACAUUGCUACAGGACAGUGGUCUUUAUGCCUGCGUUAUCAGAAACUCCACUUACUGUAUGAAGGUGUCCAUUUCGCUGACAGUGGGUGAAAAUGAUACCGGACUGUGCUACAAUUCUAAGAUGAAGUACUUCGAGAAAGCUGAACUUAGCAAAAGCAAAGAAAUUUCAUGCCGUGACAUAGAAGAUUUUUUACUACCAACCAGAGAACCUGAAAUCCUUUGGUACAAGGAAUGUAGGACAAAAACAUGGAGGCCAAGCAUUGUGUUCAAAAGAGAUACUUUGCUUAUUAGAGAAGUCCGAGAAGAUGACAUUGGAAAUUACACCUGCGAAUUAAAAUAUGGAGGCUUCGUUGUAAGAAGAACUACUGAAUUGACAGUGACAGCCCCUCUGACUGAUAAGCCACCCAAGCUUCUGUAUCCUGUGGAAAGUAAACUGACAAUUCAGGAGACCCAGCUGGGCGACUCCGCUAAUCUAACCUGCAGAGCGUUCUUUGGGUACAGCGGCGAUGUCAGUCCUUUAAUUUACUGGAUGAAAGGAGAGAAGUUUAUUGAAGAUCUGGAUGAAAAUCGAGUCUGGGAAAGUGACAUUAGAAUUCUUAAGGAGCAUCUUGGGGAACAAGAAGUUUCCAUCUCAUUAAUUGUGGACUCUGUGGAAGAAGGUGACUUGGGAAAUUACUCCUGUUAUGUGGAAAAUGGAAACGGGCGUCGACAUGCCAGUGUCCUCCUCCAUAAGCGAGAACUAAUGUACACAGUUGAACUUGCUGGCGGGCUGGGUGCUAUCCUCCUGUUGCUUGUUUGCUUGGUGACCAUCUACAAGUGUUACAAGAUAGAAAUCAUGCUCUUCUAUAGGAAUCAUUUUGGAGCUGAGGAGCUGGAUGGAGACAAUAAAGACUACGAUGCAUACUUAUCAUACACCAAAGUGGAUCCUGACCAGUGGAAUCAAGAGACUGGGGAAGAAGAACGUUUUGCCCUUGAAAUCCUACCUGAUAUGCUUGAAAAGCAUUAUGGGUAUAAGUUGUUUAUACCAGAUAGAGACUUAAUUCCGACCGGAACAUACAUUGAAGAUGUGGCAAGAUGUGUGGAUCAAAGCAAACGGCUGAUUAUUGUCAUGACCCCCAAUUAUGUAGUCAGAAGGGGCUGGAGUAUCUUUGAACUGGAGACCAGGCUUCGAAACAUGCUUGUGACUGGAGAAAUCAAAGUGAUACUGAUUGAGUGCAGUGAGCUCCGAGGAAUUAUGAACUACCAGGAGGUGGAGGCCCUCAAGCACACCAUCAAGCUCCUGACGGUGAUUAAAUGGCAUGGACCAAAAUGCAACAAGUUGAACUCGAAGUUCUGGAAACGUUUACAGUAUGAAAUGCCUUUUAAGAGGAUAGAGCCCAUUACCCAUGAGCAGGCUUUAGAUGUCAGCGAGCAAGGGCCUUUCGGGGAGCUGCAGACUGUCUCGGCCAUUUCCAUGGCUGCGGCCACCUCCACCGCUCUCGCCACUGCCCAUCCAGAUCUCCGCUCCACCUUUCACAACACCUACCAUUCACAAAUGCGGCAGAAACACUACUACCGAAGCUACGAGUACGACGUACCUCCCACCGGCACCCUGCCUCUUACCUCCAUAGGAAAUCAGCAUACCUACUGUAACAUCCCUAUGACACUCAUCAACGGGCAGCGGCCACAGACAAAAUCUAGCAGGGAGCAGAAUCCAGAUGAGGCCCACACAAACAGUGCCAUCCUGCCACUGCUGCCAAGGGAGACCAGUAUAUCCAGCGUGAUUUGGUGACAGAAAAGCAAGGGACAAGCUGUCCCUUGGCACUUGAGUGAAGUCCGCAGUCCAGUGCCUGGAACUAAAUCCUCGACUGCUGCUGUUAAAAACAUGCAUUACAAUCUCUAGAACACGAGGAAAAACAGGGUCUUGUACAUAUGUUUUUUGCAAUUUAUUUGUAGCAUCAGUGUCUUCCUGUUUUACCAUGUCUCUUACCAUUACAUUUUUUUGACUUUGUUUUAUAUGUCAUUGGAAUUUGUAUAUUUACAUUUUUUUAAAGAAGAGACUGAUAUGUAGAUAGGAACUCCCUCCCCCCUUUUUUUUUCUUCAUUAGUUAGUUUUGGAUUGGAUUUUUCUUUUUCUCUUCUCAAUUUGAUUUCACUUUUAGCAUUUCCUUGGGGUGCUUGGACAAAUCUAUCCACUAGGACAAGGAGCACCAUAUCCUCUUCUCGGGUUCUGCCUAGGAUCAGCAGGGCCACUUCGGCCAUCAGCGAGCAGUGCAACCAACGCCAGCAUUGCCAUUUGGAGGGGGGGGGAAAGAUGAGAAGAACCCUUGUUCAUAGGAGGGCCACACAAAUCAGGGCCCUGAAUCUCUUCCUUGUCCCGCCUCACACCCCACCUCAACCCUUCUAAUGGCGGCAUGAUGUGUAAACUCUGUGGAGGGGUGGGGGUGGGUCUAGUUGUCUUAACAUUUACUUCACUGUUCGUCAGAAUACACUCCAGACCCAAAGAUGUGCUAGUCACUUGAUAGUGACCACUACAGAGUGCUAAGAAGAAAAGAUCAAGGGCAUGAAAAUGGGGGAGAGAGUGUUGUUUCUGUUUUUUAAAUGAGUUGAUGUACCCUUAUAUAUAUAUAUGGAAAAAAUGCAACAAAACUAAACAAAAAAAAAACACAAAAAAA